UAAAAAAGGAAAAGAACCGUAGAAUACACGUCUUGUCAGCUUUCCACUUUUAGCAGAAAAGGGUAAUGUAACGGUGGAUGGCUUCUCCUCUCCUCUCCUACCGGUCUACGUUUCUUAUAUAGCAUGCAAUAACAACAACUCUAUUUCGAAGCAAACACUGAAAGAGAUUUUUGUUGAAGGAUCUGUUUGUGAGGACAUGGGCAGGCUGUUUGUAGAGAGUCUUGAAGGGAGGAUCUAUAGUUGCAAGCACUGCAGGACUCAUCUUGCUCUUUAUGAUGAUAUUGUUUCAAAGUCUUUCCACUGCAGGCAUGGGAAAGCUUAUCUCUUCAAGAAGGUAGUGAACGUCUUUGUGGGAGAGAAGGAAGAGAGAAUCAUGAUUACCGGGCUGCAUACUGUUGCUGACAUUUUCUGUGUUGGGUGUGGAUCAAUUGUGGGCUGGAAAUAUGAGACUGCACAUGAAAAGAGCCAGAAGUACAAGGAAGGAAAAUCUGUCCUUGAGCGGUUUAAGGUGUCUGGUCCCGACGGAAGCCAUUAUUGGGUGAAUCAUGAACACCACCACAUUGGUGGAAGCGAUGCAGAUGAUGUUUGAUUAUCCAUCUUGUCGUUUCGAGUUGUACAUACUUCUCUCUUCUGAUGUUCCUGGUUUAGCUAUGAAAAACUGAAACCAUCAUUUGGACAGCUCUUUCAACUAGCUUUCAAUAAUUGAUUCCAAACUUGGAAUGUUGAUUCUGAUGAAUCCAUUCCCAGUUUCAUAUGCCAGUUCAUGUGCGUGACAGUUGUUGAAUCUCUCAUUGCAAUUACAAGGGUGAUUUGCUGGUAUAAAUCAACCCUGUGAUUGUUCAUUGCAUAA